AGCCCCUUAGCCUUUACUUCGCGGGCACGUUACCCUGAAAGCGCUCAAGUGGUGCUUUGAUGCCCCGGUUGCUCCGCCCCUCCUUUGAAGUAGUUUAGGGAUUUGAUUACGUAGCGUCAAGUUGUUUCCGAUUCCUAGCGACCGCAGACAGAUUUCCUCCAUAACGAUCUACCUGGCCUUUGGAGUCGCGGCUCUAUCACCGAGUCCUUCCAACUUGCCGCUGAUGUCGUUUUUCGUUCCACCUUUCCCACCAUAACAGCGGCUGCAAAGAAAACGUCCUUUUCCUUGCCUUUUAUCCAAAGAGUUUUAAUUUUAUUUAUGCUAUUGUGAACAUUUUAAACGCGCCCCCCUCCCCCAACGAAUGGCAUGCAGGGUAAAAAAGAGGCCUCCCCUUCGCCGAGACUUAUGAAGAGGUCACGAAGGGCCGCUCUCAGCUCGCUGGCUGCGGUACUUUCCUCCGAUCUCACCCGCGGCUUCGUCUUCCGGCCAGCAGAGGCGGCGGGAUGGCGGCCGGAGCGAGCGGGGAGCAGAGCAGCAUCAGGGAGAGGCUCUUGGCUGCCUUGGACGAUCUGGAGCUGCUGGCCAGAGAACUGAUUGAAGUUUUGGCAAUUUCAAGAAAUCAGAAGCUAGCACAACCUGGGGAAGAGAGCCAGAUCCUGGAAUUGUUAAUUCAGCGGGAUAAAGAGUUCCAAGAAUUGAUGAAACUAGCUCUUGAUCAAGGGAAAAUCCACCAUGAAAUGCAGGUAUUGGAAAAAGUUGUAGAGAAAAGAGACAGUGAUAUUCAGCAGCUUCAAAAACAACUGAAAGAAGCAGAGCAUAUUCUGGCUACAGCUGUUUAUCAAGCAAAAGAAAAACUGAAAUCAAUAGAAAAGGCAAGAAAAGGAGCUAUUUCUUCUGAAGAAAUAAUUAAAUAUGCUCAUAGAAUUAGUGCCAGCAAUGCUGUUUGUGCUCCUCUAACUUGGGUGCCAGGGGAUCCUCGAAGACCAUAUCCAACUGAUUUGGAGAUGAGGAGUGGUCUUUUGGGUCAGAUGAACAAUCCUUCAGCAAAUGGAGUUAAUGGACACUUACCAGGAGAUGCACUUGCAGCCGGCAGAUUACCAGAUGUGCUUGCACCACAAUAUCCCUGGCAAUCAAGUGACAUAUCAAUGAACAUGCUUCCUCCUAAUCAUAGCAAUGACUUUAUGCUGGAACCUCCUGGACAUAAUAAGGAGAACGAGGAUGAUGUAGAGGUUAUGUCAACAGAUUCCUCGAGUAGCAGUAGUGACUCAGAUUAGGGUCUGCAUCUGACUCACUUGAUCGUACCAGCGAAUACACACAUUCUGCAUUCCAGAUAGAGGUUGUGGUAUCAAGGAAGAAACUUAAAAAUUCAUGAGAAUCAUUCUCUUGUAUUUGAUGAAUAUGACUUUAUCCCAGAAUUUCAGAUAAUUGUUGAAAUAGGAUGGAGGUAGGUACUGGAAAUGUGUUAUGCUCUUACAUAAUUUAUUUUGGUAUGUGUUUACUCAUAAAAAUGUUUUUGCACAAAAUAAAUAUCUAUGAAAUUGCAA